UAUGUGGCUUCCUGCUGUUAGCUUCACUGAGCGGCUCUGAGCAGCUUCAGAUCUGAUGAGCAACACUAUCAUCCGAGGAGGAUCAUGGAAUAAACAUGGCCCACAAUAGAAGCCUUUUCCUGGAAGCCCUGGAUAGGUCAGAGACCAGGCGAGAUGGAGGGUUCAAGCACAACUGGAGCUUUUCUCACUCCGAUGACAGUGAAGAGGAAAGGAGACAUGAUGCGAGUGUGGUGAGCAUGGAGGAGAUGCAAAGGCAGCAGCCCACCUCCCCCGAGGAGAAGAAGGCUCCCCCUCUUAGACACUUCGCCUUCUCAGAUCCUCCGAGGACGUACGAAAACCGGCCAAAUAGUCACGCGAAGCCUCUGAACAGGCAGCCGCCCAAGAGACCCAGCGAGGUAGCAACCAACUAUUUCAUCAUCAGUCCUGCACCUUCACAAGGAAUCGUUUUACAAGGGCGACACUUUCAGCACGCACAGAUGCCCUCCGCAAUAAGGAAGCCAGUCCAAAGCCUCGAUCUGAAGGAAAGCAGAAAUGAGUUCUCCAACAUGCAGCAAGCUGUAGAGCUGGACAGCAUCGUGCUCACCUGUCCAGAGAUCCCAGGUGACGAGGCUCUGAACAUUAAACGUCGUGUCCUGCAGAAGAGGAAACCGCAGGAGGACUGCUGUAGUUUUCCUUCGCCGAUGAAAGCAGCUGAGCCUCUCAGGCCGGGCGUCCACCAGUCAGUCUGCAUGAAGUGCAACAAGGCGAGCGAGGACGGCGGUAAGUGUCAGACCUGCGGGAACGGCACCACGCUGCUCCCGUGUCAGCAGGCGACGCUGUCAUCCCCGACCCCCCGACCACCCAUCAGAUCCCAGCCCUCCCCCGGACCAAACAGCCUGCAGCAGAACUUCUACAAACCGGCCACGACCAUGAGGGCGCCCCGUGGGGAGACCACUCUCCCCAUCCGGAUCACGAGCACCAGAGGAACGCUGCUGCCUCUGAACAACGGCAGGUCGCCUCUGUUAGCCGGCACGUCGAGCUGCUGCGGCGCCAGAAACACGCCCAAAGGGAAGAGGACGGCGGCUCAGAGGCUCGAACUCAACGACCCCAUCGUCCUGUCCAGCGACGAGGAGGAGGAGGCCGACAACGCCAGCACAGGAAGUGUCAACAGACUGGAUAGCGUUUCCCCUCGACCUGCUGACUCGGCUCACUCCUCGCCGGCGCCCUCCGGAGGCCGGGUAGAGGCUGCGGUGAAGAGCCCCGGCGAGAUGGAGGAGCUGGGGGCCGAAUUCUUUGAAGACGUAAACAUGAAGAUCACGAUACCUCGGAGAGCGCGGAUGAAAGACCAGUUUGGAAAUCAGCCUCCUGAGCCGUUCACCCCCAAGACAAAGAAGCCCAAAUUACUGCCCGAUAAGUGCUACAGCAUCAUCCUGGAGUGUCGCAGUGUGAGGAUAGGAACUCUGCGCAGGAUGGUGACCAAACCUGUCGUCUUUUCGAUCGACAGCAUCGAGCUGGAAACUGAAGGCUCAGAGUUAGACACCAAAGAGCAGGUGUGCCUCCAGGCGUCGGGCCUGAUCAGCUGCGAGUGGUGCAGCGUGCGGAAACUUCCGGUUUUGUUCUUCCAGACGACGCCAGACGAGUGCGCCCGCCUCCGCUCGCAGCUCAGCAUGUCCCAGGAGAAGGACGCGCAGUGGUACGACUGUGCAGGAGAACAGUCGGACGAGAAGUUCAUCGUCCUGAUCUUUGAGAACGGCCUGGCGAUGAGCGAGCAGAUGAUCCUGGAGGACAUCCUGGGAGAGAUCGGCAGGACCAACAACCUGAGCGACUUCCCCUCCAAGCUGACCUUCGAGGAGGCCAACUGUCGACUGGUCAACUACAACAAGGCGUCCAAACAGAAGGAGGAGAAGCAGAAGACACAAACCCCUCCUAAAGGCCCCCACGUGUCCCUGGUCACUAAGGUCACUCCUGUGACCCCCGUUACCCCCGUCACCGUUGCUUCCCGCACGCGGAUGGCGACCCGCCAGCACACCAGCACUUACGAUGAAGACGACGAGGAGGACAUGACGGACCUUCAGCCCACCUUCUCCGGACCAAUCAUCAAAUUAAUGGUGUACCCUCCUCCUCCCGCCAAAGGGGGCAUCUCAGUCACCAACGAAGACCUCCACUGCCUUAAUGAUGGAGAAUUCCUCAACGACGUUAUCAUAGACUUUUAUUUAAAAUAUUUAGUUUUAGAGAAAUUGAAAAAAGAAGACGCUCAAAGAAUCCACGUCUUCAGCUCCUUCUUCUACAAGAGGCUGAACCAGAGAGAGCGGAGGAACGCCCCGGACACCACCAACCUGCCAAUCCAGAAGAGAAAGCACAACCGGGUAAAGACGUGGACCCGGCACGUGGACCUGUUCCAGAAAGACUUUAUUUUUGUUCCCAUCAACGAGUCAGCUCACUGGUACUUAGCCGUCAUCUGCUUCCCGGGUCUGAAGGGUCCGGUUUACGAGCAGAACCCGCUCUACAAAGACCAGUUCUCAGCCUCAAGCGCAGACGCCCCCUCAGAGGAGAACAUCCCGGAUCACUGCCGCCCUCUGUCCCCCGAGGGAGACGGCCUGGACAGCUCCUCUGACGACCCGCUGCCCGGCGUCCUCCAGGCGUCGUCAGAGGGUCAGGUCGAUGGUGACCUCGCUAAGGAGACCUUCACGGGGAGGGGGGAGAGCUCGAACACGCCCACGGCGUCACGUAACGGACAAGCGGACACAGAGCGCCAGUACACGAGUGAGCUGCACAGAAUCAGUGUUUGCUAUGAAGACAACACCUUCACCUUCUCUGAUGACCAGAGCUCCUGUCACGAUGAGUGCAGUGAGGACGGCGCCCUGGCUGAAGAGACUCUCGGCUCCGACCCCGUGACUCUGGCCUCCAAACACAACCUCUGCAAACAGCCUUGUAUCCUCAUCAUGGACUCCCUGCGAGGUCCGGCCCGAUCCACCGUGGUCAAAACCCUCAGAGAGUACCUGGAGGUGGAGUGGGACGUGCGUAAAGGGAGUGAGAGGAGUUUCGGGAAGGAUGUGAUGAAGGGCUCGAGCCCACGUGUGCCUCAGCAGGAUAACUUCAGCGACUGUGGAGUUUACAUCCUGCAGUAUGUGGAGAGCUUCUUCGAGAAUCCCAUCCCGAGUUUCCACCUGCCUGUGAACCUGUCCGAGUGGUUCCCUCAGCCCAGGAUGAGGACAAAGCGAGAAGAAAUCAAGGACCUGAUCCUGAGGAUUAAAGAACAACAAGAACUGGACAAGAAGGGCUCCGACAAGACCGGGACUCCAGCCGGCUCUCAAUCGGAGCCCGAGAUCGAAGAGACUUCUGGGUCCACGGACCGGCCUUCAAAUUUCCCCAUCAGCCCUUGAACAAACCGUCUCCUCCUGCACUCCGGGUCCCACUGAGGGAGGGGGGCGGAGCCUGAUUGUACGCUGCUGGUCUCACUUCAAAGUGUCUCUAAAAGGUCCUUAACUCCCUCCAUAGCCACAGACAUUAUACACCUUUAACUUUGUACUGAAUAAAAGUGUAAAUACGCCGAAGUGUUCCCGCUGCCUUUGUAAUUUACUGUUUUUUGACUCGGCCGUGAAGCGGCUCCUUAAGUUAUGUUUUCAUAGAUGUUCUUCUUCUCUGCGGGAGGAUCUGUGCUGACACUGUCGCGCUCUUGCAUCCUUAUUUUUUAUGCUUUCUAGUUGUGUAGAAGAAAAACAAAGACUAUGAUAAAGCCGAGUAGAGGAAGUUGCUGUUCUCUGUAAGUUAUGGAUCCACGUGUCUGGACUGAAGAAAAAACUGUUCCUGUGAAGUUCAGCUCACGAGUCACUCCCGUAGUUCAGUGCUUGUUGUGUCUCUUCCAUGUGGAGUGGAUGAAUUUCAGCAUUAAAGCAAACCGAGAUGCAAGAGCACUC